AUGUUUAUAACCGUAAGAUAUGGAGGUAUGCUCUCAUUUCUUCUUGUAAACCGUUUAACUUCGAUUUUAAUACUGCGAAUCUGACUUCGUGACUGAGCGAUGUUAAAAAUUUAUGUUUACACGCGAUGAGGCGACGUGUUGCAUCUCACAAACGUCACGAGGAAGUAAUUGCGCUCCUUGCUUUCGGUUUUAGAUUGUCAAGAAGCUCUUUUUAACCCAAAUUGUAUGACAAAAGUUCUUUUAGAAGACAUCAAAAAGAGGUGCCGACGAGGAAGAGAAGGUUGGUUUCUAGUCACUUGUUUAAACUAAGCUUUCGUCAGCUGUUGUUUGUUGAGUUUAUGUUCAAUAUCUCAAGCUGUUUGUUCGAUGCUUGUAUUUGGAAAUGUUUGUGUUUUCUCAGAGAUAAUUGACCUGUCGGAUGAAUCGGGCAAUCUAAAGAAUCUUUUGGAGCAUAAAAGUGAAUAUGCCACUGAAAUUCUCAAAGCUCGACACUCGUUUAUUCUGAUUAGAGUUGACAGUGAGUAUUAAUUCUAUACUUUUGACAUGUUUUUUUAUCUUUACGCCGUUGUUGCACUGUAAGAUGAUUUAUUUGUUUGAAAAGCGAAAUACGAACUUGUUAUUCAAACGGCUUAGAUUUUUAAAAACUUAUAAUAAGUCGCCGACAUCAUAUUUUUGGUACUCCAUGAAAGUAGACGCAGGAAUAAUGGAAUGGAGCAUGGAACACGGACUUGAGGAACAUGCGGAACCUACUAAAAUUUAGAGUUCAAGUAUUGAAUUAUUUUCCCCUAGAAUAGCAGAACAAGCAAAAUAUGCGAGCUUCAUCAAAAUUAUUGCUUGCCUUUCCAUGUCAAGAUGAUUUUCAUUGAAACGGUCAUAUAAAUUCCCUUGCUCUACAUCACAGUCAAAACUCUGUUAAAACAAAAACUGAGAGGGGCCAUAAAAAGUGUCUGCAUUAAAUGGGUUGAAUUUAGAGAAAAUCUUAGGACUUUCUUCCCCCAGGGACAAAGAAAACUAUCUGUAAUAAUUAGGUGUUGAAAGUGGGUGUCUUUGAAGUGGGAUUUGACUGUAUGGUGGUGCAUUUUUAACUUUAGGGAUCUAAGGUGGGGGGGGGAGGGGGUAAAUACAUAGAAGGUAUUUAAAAGAGAGAGGCGUUUAUUGUCAUAUCUUUAACAAAUUCACUAAUAUGCUUUGCAAAAAUAUCAAGAGAGUUUAUAAGUAAUUUAUUUUUGUUUUUAAUAAAGAAAAAGAAGGAGAUGAAGUAUCAACAUACACUCCACUUCUUAAUGACAUCAAGACAAUAACAUCUACCUUCUUGCGUAAGUAAAUAACAACAGUAAAUUUAUCAUGACAAUGAUACUGAUAAUGGUACUAAAUUACUUAAUUUAGAAUUUAGAAGUGAGUGGAAGAUGUGAAAUGUUACUGAAAAUUACUGAAAUUUGAAAGACAACAGUCCUAGGUGACCAAGGUAAAGAGGUCUAUAUUAAGGCCAAAGGUCUCUCUAUUUAAGCCCAGUAAAUUGGGCUGGCUUAGUCAACCAUGCCACACCAGUCCUGUGUUCAUAUGAGAAAUUUAAGUCUGGUAAAAUAGGGUAUGUUUAUCAAAAAAAUGAGUAAUUUAUAUAGAAAAGUCGUGCUUUUCUUUACUGUAGUCCUGAAAGUUUUUAAAUGAUUUUUAUGUAAAAGAAAUUUUCAGGUGCUUUCUUUCAAUAAAGAUGUACAGUCACAUAUUUGAAAGAGUUUUUAUGUUUCGGCCAGCCAGUCUGGGAAGUUUGUAUGGCAAAAUUCCAGCCUGGCCAAAGAACUAUUAGAUUCAGUAAAAAAAAAAAAAAGUGCCAUAAAACUUGGAGACUGGGACCUCAAACCUGGAGGUUUCCAAAAUAUUUGUCAAAUAAAACCUAGGCUAAAUUACCAGCCACUGUUCAGGAAAAUGAGCCCACACUCAUCCCCCUGAAGGAGUGGCUGGACACAUGCGAUCAGUCGUCUCUCUUCAGGGAGGACCAAAGACCGGACCCGGGAGACAGCGGAAAUCAAGCCUUAUAAAACCAAAAAGGCAGAUUAUUUUUGUCAUGGUGUUCUUUACUCUAUUAGUUGUCUCUGUUGUACCCUGUUGUUGCUUUUAUGGGAUUUGUAAGAAGAUUCUGUUUCACCGUCUACGUCGAUCGAUAGGACCCCGAGUAGCCAUUUUGAGUUUGCUAUAAAGCUUUCCCUGAGACCUUAGGCAACCUAUGUUUCACAGGAAUGAGUUUGGAAUUACACCCAUGUUUCCCCAAAAAUUAGAUUGAUACAUUAUAUUAUAUGAUGACAGAUUUUUUUAAUUCACCUGAUUCCUUUUGGAAUUUUCUGGUAAUGUUGAGAUUUACCGUCUCACUGUGAGAUUUGGAGGCCAAAUCAUGAGACCAUGAGUUGUUAGCCCAAACCGUGAGAGUUGGAAGGUAUGAGGUUACUAAAUGAGCAUUCUCUUACAAACAAUAUUUGUUUGUUGCUGCAGAACAUCUGACCCGGCCACAAAGCAGUCAAAGUAUAACCAGCUCACCAAGUCGACAGGGAAGACGCAAAUCAAGUGGUAACUGGGCAAAAGCCAGAACAAGUGUGGCACUGAGUGGAGAACUCAGGAAGCGAGCAAGAAUGAAAAAAUCAUGA